AUGCUGCCUCCAGCUGCGGAGGAUAAUCCUAGAUGUCAUUCUCGAUCAGGUACGAAGCACGCUGCGAACCCACGUGCCGACAGUCCUAUGGAAAUGCCUGCCAGAAAGCAUAGAGCAAAAAAGACUGCUGAGAAGCGGCCUCCGGCGGCCUCGAGCUCAUCCGCGACAAAUCCAAGCCGUGCAGAUACCUACCGGUAUGAGUUACCAUCAUUCGAUGACUUGCCCGUCGGCAAAGCGAUGCACUUCGAUGACGGCUUUGGUGAAGAUUGGGCGGAUCUCGAGGCAGAUCUUGACCAUUUGCACGGGCACACCCAGGGACCACGGGAAACCCUUCAUCAGCGUAAGCUCACUUCACCAUUACCGAGAGAUGCCCAGCUUCAUCAACGUGACUGGCUGAUCCUGCGUGCAGAUGUGGCCAGCACUCUCGUGUCGCGUGCCAAAACGGCGCAAAAGGCGGGCAAAAGCUUCCAGACCUUUGAAGAAAAUGAGCGGAAGAUCGACAGCAAAGCGGUGAAUGAAGAAGACCCUAAGAAGCGGACAUUACUCAUACGCAGUGCAGUCGACAAUGCACUUCGACUCGCGAUUUUGGACAAGCUGGCGCCGCGACUGUGCGUCGAGAUCUGGGGCACGCCGUGGACGCCACGUGCGGAGGACAUUCCAGCGGCCAGCAUUGCUACUCUUCCGGCAGCCUAUCGCCGCGAGGGUUACAAGGAUGAUCCGGACCGCACAGUCAGGAAACUGGGUGAGGGUGGGUUGUUUGGCAGACCAGUGUUCAGCGAUGAGGAUAGCGACGCAUCAUCGGGAUCUGUGGAUCUCGGUGAGCAUCUGUGGAAUCCUCCAGAAGAGUGA